GUCAUUACUACUCCAUCAUCGGGAAUUCUUCACCAUCCAUCCUUCUUUCACCUGAUCUUUGCCCGCCUCGCCCCUCCGUUUCCACCACCCUGACUGCAAGUCGCAUUGUCAUUCUUAUUCAGUGUUCAAUUACUACGCUGUCGACACCGGCCUGGGGGUUUCAUCUUACUGCUUGUGUGGACCGAGAUCGGAGUCAACCGAAUAUUCUACCAAGUCGCGUCGUCGAGUCGAUCAACCACCGUACGAAACAGAAUCCGAGUCAACGUUGAGCAGUUUUCUCGGGGGUGAUCUCGAUACUGCAUAUCACGAACCGUCCUGGCAACUGCUCUAUAGUUACACGGGCUAUUAUUUCCUUGCUAGUGGACGGAGAUUCUAUCUCACCGAACUAUCUGCCGAUUUUGAUCCCAUCAUUCGACCUGCUUGCCUUGCCGACUCGCGGAACAUGAGAUAGUGCGAAGCGUGAUAUAUCCGACUUAAUCCUGCUUGCUCCAUACCAGGGCGCCCCUUGAAUUCCUACCUUAACCCGAUCGCGAUACCCUUUUCCUGGACUUUGCCCAUUUUUCCUUUUUCUAUGUCUGUCAUGGAAGCAACACUUACCCACCGUCCAUGGGAGCCGGUCUCCACGGGGCCGCAGACUCCUCCGGUCCCUUCAACGCAAACACUCCCGUCGAUAUCAACCCUUACUGCGAGCAUGACAAGCACUGCACCCCCACCUGCGGAGAAGUCACCAGGCAAUACUUCUUUGAAUACGAUUGAGCGGGACUCGGGAAACUGGUCCAUUGCUCAGAGCGCAAGGUCGUCUACCUAUUCCACCGCGACAAACGGUACCGGCAAUUACCCAUCCUUAUCCUUCCUCACGUCAACCCACCCCUCUCCCAACCGCUUGUCUGCCGUGUCCGACCGGUCCCCUUACGCCAACGAUCACUCGAAUACCAAUACUCCCUCCUCUGCCGGGGCACAGCCCUCUCCUCACUUUGGCUCAUCCCAGCCCAAUUCAGCACUGCCCUCGAUCAAUCAAAACUAUGAAGCCCCAUCCCAACGGGGCAGCAUCGCAGAACCGCCGGAAUCGCGCCGCAGCAGCAUAGACAGUAGGAUGAACCAGGGGAUCAGCUCGCUUGCCAUCAAUCCCGUUUCCGCUUCGCCUUAUCAUAGCACGAAUGCCUCGCAAACUUCGAUCGUAUCGGGCCUGCAGAGGGAACGAGGCAUCUCCAUGGACGUGAACAUGAAUCCUUCCUACCGAGGGCCUCGUUACUCGCAGGGUCAACCUUUGUCUCCACUUGGUCCGCGACCUGGCGAACAUCGCAGUUUUGCGGCUGGCCGCACUGCGCCUGCGAUCUCGUCGAAUCCUCGCUCCGAGAUUUACAACGCUGAGGCUCCCACCGCCGGUCUUGCCUAUGCGUUUCCGGACCCGGAUGUCGCUCGGUCAAACUCGAUUUCGUCCACAAACGACAAGCCGAAUAUCCAGUUUUCCCGAAAGGGAAGCACUGCUGAGUCUAUAACUAGCAGUAUCUACUCGGAAUCUCGUUUGCCUCGCGGCCAACAUGAACUCCCCCAGAGUGUUCACCACCAUUCCCUACAGCACAAACAAGUGCGCGGUCUUAUUGGAGACCCCGAUCUUCAAAAUGGCAAUACUCCCUACAGCAGAACGCCUGAAUUGAGGGUGACCCACAAACUGGCGGAGCGCAAGCGUCGCAGUGAGAUGAAGGACUGUUUUGAGGCUUUACGGGUGCGACUCCCGCAGAGUCAAAAUAACAAAUCUAGCAAAUGGGAGACUCUGACUAGAGCGAUCGAAUAUAUCUCCCAACUGGAAAAGAUGAUUACCAGUGCCCGUCGUGAUAACGAUGUAUUACGAUCUGAACUCGAAGAGAUGCGUAGCCAGCUCAACCAGCAGCAACCCAACGGACAAUCGCGACCAGCGUCCAUAUUCGAACACCACCCAAUGGCCCCGCAGCCGAAUGGCCAAACACAUGGCCCGAUAUAUACCAACUACGCCCCCGGACCUGGGAUGGUACAGGAACAACCGCGAACGUUGCCUCCUCUCAUGAACGGAUCCGUGGCCCCAAUGCAAGGCGUACAGUAUACCGACGACCGACGAUAAUUCUGCGGAUGAUGUCGGUCAGAACUUUCGGUUCAAUUCUCUUGUGCCGGACCCAUUUAUACCCUCAUUCAAAAUCUGCGUUCACUCCUUUUCUCUCGAUAUCCUUGUUUUUGUCAUGUUUCAACACCCCUGUGUUCUUUACUCCCUAGACGCGGAACUGGUUUUUCUUUGACUUGCUUGUAGAUUUGAUUUGGGUGGCCGAGUCUUUUUUUAUUGGAGCGAGACUUGUUUCUCAUCCUUGCUUUCACCAUCUUCCUCAGCCUGGUAAAACAACACCAAUGGUUGGGAGGCUUUGAGUUUUGUGCCACGCGAUGUGACGUCCGACCUAUGACUGAGGGCAUUGCUUUUUCGAUUCUUGCUUUGGCUGCGCUGCAUUCAGAUGCGCUUUUUCUUUUAUAUCUUUUGCAUUGGAAAUGGGAUAUCUUGGAUUGGGAUUGGUUAUGGGAAGUGUGCAUUAUUAUUACCUUGCUUUUUAUUCUUAUCUCUGCAACUGGGUCCUUUGGGAACUUGACAGUGCAUUUUUUUGUACCAAAAAAAUUCCAGCAGAAGCACUUGUGUACGGUGUGCAAUUUAUAUCCCCAUCUGUUUAUCAUGCUGAUGGCGCUUGGGAUGAUUUUUUGCUUUUUGAGUGGGAGCGGCCACUUUGAAUACCAAAACAUUUAACGUUUCUUCAUAUUGGCAGAAGUUCCGUGGAAUUUAUUUUUCGCAUCUUGGAUUUAGUUUUCGUCCGGGCUCGACACCGACUUGGUUGCUAGCGGCGCUCUUGGGCCUCGAAGCAGCGAGUAUUACGUACCAGGGUCAUCCAGCUCACUCGAUUACGGCAGCCGGCAUGCGUUGCUU